AUGAUGAUGGUGGACACAUCAUCGAUCAAGGAUGGGCCGGUCGUGCCGGCGGCCGUGGCUAUUGCGGUGGUGGGCGUGAGUUGCUCCGGCAAAUCAACCGUGUGCGCGCGGCUACAUGCCGCGUUAGACCUGCCGCUGACGCUUAUUGCCCAGGACGACUUUUACCUUCCGGUCGAGGCCGUCCCGGAUCGGGUGACUCUCAAAAGCGGCAAAGUUGUGCCGGACUUUGACUCACCCUCUGCCUUGUUUGUUCAGAAGCUUGUGACGGCCGUCCGGGCCGCAAAGCAAACUUCUCAAGCCGUUAUCGUAGAGGGUAGCAUGCUGGCUGCCAUCAAGGAACUUGUGCCCCUGAUUGACGCUUGGAUUAUGUUGGACGUGCCGCAAGCCAUCUGCGCCGCCCGUCGUCGUGCCCGGGUAUAUGAAGAAGCUCCCGACCCCGUGGGUUAUUUUGAAGAGCACGCCUAUCCCACUGCCGCCCAGAGCCAACAACGACUGCUGCAGGCCGCCCCAACCAUGAAUUGCCCGGUGUUUCGUGUGGCGGGCACAGAAGAUGUGCCACACGUUGUGCAGCAGCUUGUCCAUUGGUCGCGUAACCAGAACGAUUCUUCUCACCCCGACAGCUAG